AUGGACGACCUCUCAACGGGCACCGACAGCGAUUACGCCAACUCGUGGAUCAGCUGGUUCCUCUCGACCAAGGGGAAUGAAUACUUCGCAGAGGUCGACGAGGACUACAUCCUAGACCGGUUCAACCUUACGGGACUUAACGGGGAGGUCGUGAGCGAGUACCAGCGCGCACUGGACUUGAUCACCGACACGCUAGACGAUGGCGACCUCGACGAAGAGACGCGCGACACGGUCGAGUCGUCGGCGAGAUUCCUGUAUGGCCUCAUCCACGCGCGCUACGUGAUCACCACCCGCGGGCUUCAAAAGAUGCUCGACAAGUACCGUAAGGCCGACUUUGGCCGCUGCCCCCGUGUCUACUGCUACUCGCAGCCCCUCCUUCCUGUUGGCCUGACCGACAUUCCAUUCCAGAAGCCCGUCAAGCUUUACUGCCCCCGCUGCGAGGACAUUUACUCGCCCAAGAGCAACAGGCACGGCAGCAUCGACGGCGCGUACUUUGGCACAACCUUCCCACACAUGCUGUUCAUGAAUUAUCCCCAGAUGAUCCCCAGCAAGGGUCAGCCGAGCGUGAGCGACCGCUCUGACCUGCGCCGCGAGCCUGCAGGCGUGGGGGCCAUCUCUACUGCCAAGGCGGCACUCAAGGCCGAGCGGUAUGACCCCAAGAUCUUUGGUUUCCGGCCGCACGAGGACGCACAGCUCUCGCGCUGGCGUACGGCGCGGCGCGACGCGCAGAUCGCACGUCUCGAGGCCCUCGAGAACAACCCCGACUUGUAA